GUCAAAUUUUAAUGUUUCCCUACCAACCGGCGUUUCGUUUUGUCAAUAUAUCGCGUGAUAAUUUCAGUUUUACCCCGAAACGAACAUCUACAAUCUAUUGGACUAAAAAAUGUCCGUCAUUACGUACGAGAAACCGACUGCGCGUCUGAGCCUCGCCGACUGGUUCACGAAGCAGUGGACCGAACGCCAGGCGAACGAAGCGACGGGCGCCGACGCUUUCGUUUUACGUCACGACGCUCGCCAACUGCGAAACGAAACGCGAAUACGCACCGAUUGGGACACGCGCCUAAAUGACGCCCGUCUGGCGGAUCGCGUCACCGAAACCGACCACUGGCGGCAAAGACUCGAAGCUUGCGCCGCGAGAAUCGAUGGAGAGAUGGCGCUUCUCGCGGACGAAAAAUUCUCGACCGAAAAGCAAAUCGACGCCAUGUCGAUUCCGUUCAACGUCAUGUCCGAGUGCAUUUCGAUGCGCGACAAUCGACUCCCCGCGGAAUUGACCAACGAUGAUGCGGAUGCCGAACUGAAGAAGGAACUAUGCGUAGCGGAAAACAGAAAGAGGGCGCUGAUCGAACGAUGUCACGCCGCCUGGGAGAAAAUUAACAAACUGAACGAGGUGCGGUUCAAACUGAGCGUCGAUAUCGGCGACAAGCGGGAGGCGAUAGAGAUUGACGCAAAUCAGUUAGCCACGCACAAGAACUGCGCCGAAAUCAGCCACAAACUCGACCCGCUGAGGAUCGUCAAGGGGUCACAUUCACACGCCACGUGGCUCGAGCACUCGCGCCAAUUAAAACAGGCGGCCGACGAUGAACUCGCGGACACGCUGAAGCUGCGAGAGGCGCUGUUCGUGGCGAGGGAGCGUGCGCGAAACGACAUGGCUGCGCAGCGCGACCGCGUCGACUUCGUCCUGCGCAGGCGCAUCUUCGAGACGCAGAAGGCGCGCAACGAAGCCGAGUGGCAGCGAGCGAAAACCGGCGACGAGAUGGCCAAACUGGAGCGCGAGAUUGCGGCCCUCGAGGAAGCUCUGCGCGACAAAAUGGCUGCCGCCAAACUAGCGGAGACCAGGCUCGAAAAUCGAUCGUACCGCCCAGGAUUCGAACUGGCUACCGACGAACCCGAGCGAGGUUUAAAAGAAGAAGUGCUGCGACUGAGACAAACAGCGGGCGAACUGCGCGAUAAAAUCGAUUGCGCAAAAACGACUUACAACGCGCUGGAAGAAAGAAUGGUGGCGAUCGAUCACGAUCUGGCAGGCAAAAAUCAAUCAAUGACGACGGACGUCAGGUGCCUCGAUCUAAGGGCAAGGUUGCGCCAAGGAGAGUUUGCCGGGCCGCCCACGCAAACCGACCGAAAUAUACAACUGACGCGGAUGGAGAAGGAAAUACCCGCCGAGUGAUUCCCAGAUUACGAGUUAAUUUAUGUCCCAAUAAAUUUUGUUGUGAGCUGUUCGAUUUAUUAAUAGCCAAUUCCCUGGA